AUGGCCGCCGAUCGCUCGUGGGCCUCUCGAUGGUGCCGGGCGGGGAGCGAGCCGCUCGACGAGGUGCUGGUGCGCGACGUGGAGGAGACGCAGCGGCCGCCGAUUGCUCGCUACUUUGCCGAGGAGGGCAACGCCUCUCCCGCCUCGCCUCGGCUACAGCGCGCCACACAGCUCGAGUUGCUGAGGCUCUGCUCCAAGGCGCCGCAUUCGGCGACGCGCGAGGCAAACCUCGCUGCGCUGGCCGCUUCUCGGCAGCGAUUGCUGCAGGCGGACGGCGAGGAUCUGGGGCAGGAGGACGAGCUGGCCGACGAGUUGCGUGCCUUUUGCGCGAGGCACGCGCUGUGGCCGCACGGAACAGAGACGCUCGUCCUGCGGCACUUCCGCGUCGGUGGCCGCGGCCUCGCUGCUGCAGCCGACCUGUCUGCCGGCGACACCGUCCUGGCGGUGCCAGAGUCGCUGCUGCUGCUCUCGUCGUACGACGGCCUCGCCGCCGCCUUGUCUGCCGCCGCCGGCGACUCGCUCCACGACGACGUGCGGCUCAGCCUCGCGCUGCUGCUCGAGAUUGCGCGAGAUCAGGCGGGCGCGUGGGCCGAGUACUGCCGCUUCCUGCCCGAGCGGCCGCCGAGUGCGCUGCACUGGGCCUCGCGCCAGCUGCAGAGGCUGGCGCACACCCCGCUCGUCGGCCGGGCGCACGCAGCCCUCUUCCCGGCGCUGUCGCUCGCGCUGCCGCAGCUCUUCCCGCCGGCGAGCUUCUCGUGGCGCCGCUUCCUCUGGGCGUACACCGUCGUGCAGACGCGCGGCCUGGUCGUUGGCGGCGGCGCGGAGCCGCGCGCACGCCGCACGGUGCUCGCCCCCGUGGCAGACUUGCUCAACUACUCGCCGACUUCGCCGCUCGCGUGGCCGUCCCUCGAGGCUGCGGGCGCCGCAAGGCCAACGGGGCCGGUGGCGGAGGGGCCUCCUUCAGCCACGCUCGCACUCACGUUCCGGCUGCUGAGCGCGGUGCCGGCGGGGCGGCAGCUCUGCCUCUACUACGGCCACCCGCUCGCCGCUCGAGAGUCUCGAGCUCGGGGGGCCCUUCCUGGGCCCUUCCCCGAAGCUUCUCGGAGCCUUCCUGUAGGCCGCCUCUCCUCGCUCGAGAGCCUCGAGCACUAUGGCUUCGUGGACGCGUCGGCCCUGGAGCGAGAGGCGGUCGAGCUGUGCCUCGAGCCUCCGGAGGAGGAGGGCGAGGAGGGCGAGGAGGGCGAGGAGGGCGAGGAGGGCGAGGCCGACGCGGAGGGCGGCGAGGAGGGCGGCGAGGAGGAGGGCGGCGAGGGAGGGGACUGGGCGGCGGCGGCGGCGGCGGCGGCAUCCGGUGGCGGGGCGGUGGCUCUGCUCCGCCGCGCCGCCCUCGCGCGAGUUGGGACGACGCACUACUUGCGCGCGAGCGGACCGCCGAGCCGCCGCCUGCUGCGGGCGCUCCACUGGGGCACCGCGCCGGCGGAGGAGCUGCUGCCGCUCGCGCGCGCCGGCGCGGAUCCUGCGGCGGCGCCGCUGACGCGCGAGGCGACGGGCCGCGCGCACGAGGCCUUGCGCGCCAUCCUCGCCUCGCUGGGAAAGCCUGGCGGCGGCGAGGAGGGCGAGAGCGGCAGGGCGGCCGACGUGCAGGCGGCCGGGCCGGGCGGUGACAUCAGCGCCUAUCUCGCGUUUGAGAGGGCGGUGGUGGUGAAUGCGCACCGGCAUCUCGGUGUGGCGGAGAAGAGCGCUGCGGAGACCUAG